GCCUCGCGGCCUCGGUCUCUAGAAGUCGCAGCACUGGAUCCUAGAACACACUUCUGUGCAGCUUCUCUAACUGUGGCCGGGUCUCUGCAGCGCGCGCCCGCGGUGACCCACAGCACAGUCCGCUCUCCUCGGCCCGCGGCCCGCGCGCCUCCCACCCAGCCAUGUCGUCCUGCAGCCGCGUGGCGCUGGUCACCGGAGCCAACAAGGGCAUCGGCUUCGCCAUCGCGCGCGACCUGUGCCGGCAGUUCUCGGGGGACGUGGUGCUCACGGCGCGGGACGCGGCGCGGGGCCAGGCGGCCGUGCAGCAGCUGCAGGCCGAGGGCCUGAGCCCGCGCUUCCACCUGCUGGACAUCGACGACCUGCAGAGCAUCCGCGCCCUGCGCGACUUCCUGCGCAAGCAGUACGGGGGCCUCAACGUGCUGGUCAACAACGCGGGCGUCGCCUUCACAGAUGGUGAUCCAACACCCUUUGACAUUCAAGCUGAGGUGACACUGAAGACAAACUUCUUUGCCACGAGAAAUGUCUGCAUCGAAUUACUGCCGAUAAUCAAACCUCAUGGCAGAGUGGUGAAUGUCAGUUGCUCAGCAGGUGCAAAAGCUCUUGAAAAUUGCAGUGAAGAUCUGCAGGAGAAGUUCCGAUGUGAGACACUCACAGAGGAGGGGCUGGUGGACCUCAUGAAAAAGUUUGUGGAGGAUACAAAAAACGAAGUGCAUGAGAGGGAAGGCUGGCCCAACUCAGCUUACGGGGUGUCCAAGCUGGGGGUCACUGUCUUAUCGAGAAUAUUGGCUCAGCGUCUGGAUGAGAAGAGAAAAGCCGACAGGAUUCUGCUGAAUGCGUGCUGCCCUGAGAGCAUGAAGAUGGACAUGGCUGGGGCUUACAGCUCCAGGACUGCAGAGGAGGGCGCUGAGACCCCUGUCUACUUGGCCCUCCUGCCUCCAGAUGCUUCUGACCCUCAUGGCCAGCUAGUCCAGGACAAAGUUGUCCAAAACUGGUGAAUGUCUGCUUUGGUGCUUAAUGCUUAAUAAAUGUUUGUGGAAUGAAUGAAUGAA